AUGUCGAGGAGCCAAGCUGCGACGUAUAAGGUGCUGGUAGCCAAGCUGACGGAGGUGCAGCAAUCUUUCAACGAUAUUUGGGGCUUCGUUGAAGAUUUUCCUGAGGAUGCCUCACUCAACCAAGUCACGGUUCGUUUAGAAAGGCUAGACGAAUUGCGUGAGAAGUUUUCCGAGUACCUUAUCGAGGUCCAAACGCACGAUAACCACGACGAUAAAGCGAACCCUUUAACAAAGGAGAGGCAGGAGUUCAACGGACGCUUCUACCAAGCGAAAGCGUUUUUGUUGGACCAGGUCAAGCUGAAGCAAGAGCCAGUGGACUUGAAUCAGACCAAUGCGACUGGUGUUGGAAACCUUGAUCAUGUCAGGUUACCGCAGAUCAAGCUCCAAACUUUUGGUGGAAACGUGGAGGAGUGGCUUAGCUUCCGCGAUCUCUUUUCUUCCUUGAUCCAUGGCAAGGCGGAGCUCCCUGAGGUAGAAAAGUUCUACUAUCUCAAGGGGUGUCUACAAGGGGAACCGAAGAACUUGAUCGAUUCUCUCCCGAUCACCAGUGCCAAUUACAAGAUCGCUUGGGAUCUCCUACUCAAGCGGUAUGACAACAGCAAGCAUCUGAAGAAGCUCCAAGUGCAAGCGCUGUUCAAGCUUCCGUGUUUGACGAAGGAGUCCUCGUCAGAUCUGCACACACUCGUCGACGGCUUCGAGAGAAUAGUGCAGACCUUGGACAAUAUUGUUCAGCCCGCGGAUUAUCGAGAUUUGCUGUUGGUCAACAUGCUUACUACACGCUUGGAUCCGGUCACGCGGCGGGGAUGGGAGGAGUUUUCGUCCACCAAACAACAAGACACGGUGGAAGAGUUGAGCGAUUACCUUCAGCGGCGCAUUCGUAUGCUGGAAUCUCUUCCAGCGAAGGCAGCAGAAUCAAGAGGCGCUAUCCAGUGGCAGCAAUCUAGUAAAUCCAAGGCUUCCAACAUCAAGAGUAGCUUCAGCACUACUCAGACGGUAGGAGGACGAUGUGUAGUAUGCGGCGCCAGUCACUUGCUGUUCCAAUGCAGCGUUUUUCAAGGGAUGCCGCAGUUUGAAAGGGAAGGAGUGCUCAGCCACUCGCUGUGCCGCAAUUGCUUCAAACCUGGGCACCACGCAAAGGAGUGCCAGUCUAAAUUCUCAUGUCGUUUCUGCCAAAACCGCCAUCAUUCGCUGGUGUGCUUUAGGCCUGGUAGGGAGAGUUCAUCGAAGCCAAUGGUGAUUACAAAGCCUACGAAAUCCACCGCUUCAAGAGAAGUUCGCGAUUCCACGGAGCCAUCUACUUCACGUGCCACUCCAAGUGUCAACCCUAGUGUACUCGAUCCCCAAGUAUCCAACAUGGCGACUGCAGACACGGUUAUGGGACAUGGAUCUACUCAACAGGCAAGGGUACUGUUGGCGACUGCUGUCGUGAUUGUCGAGGACAACAGUGGACAUCGUUAUCCAGCUCGCGCUCUUUUAGACUCUGGAUCGGAGAGCAACUUUGUGACUGAAAGACUCAGUCAACGGAUGAAAGUCAGGCGCACCAAAGUGGACGUCAAGAUUCAUGGGAUUGGCCAGGAAGUUACCAAGGUUAGGCAGCAGCUUGAGGCCACCGUUCGAUCGAGGCUGACGGAAUUCUCUCAGCGCAUGAGUUUCCUCGUUCUACCUAAGGUAACCGUCAACCUACCGACUUCAUCGAUCAACAUUGAGGAGUGGAACGUCCCAGAUGGAGUCGAAUUGGCCGAUCCAUCGUUCAAUGUAAGCGGGCGCCAGAUUUCAUUGGGAGAUCGACUGCCGGCCCUUAAUGAGUCCGUUUUCGGUUGGGUCGUUUGUGGAGGAGCAUCGGUUUCCAACCAAUCGCUGAACAUCAGCUGCAACGUGUCGGCUUCAGAAGGUCUUGAAGAAUUAGUAGCCCGAUUUCGGUCCUGCGAGGAGGUCGGAGUUACCGAAAACUAUUCGCCACACGAAGCGCGUUGCGAGGAGCACUUUGUUCGAACGGUCCGACGUGGGGAGGACGGCCGUUAUACCGUUUCGUUGCCGAAGGAUGAAGACAUUUUGGGUCGAAUUGGCGAGUCAAGGGGCAUUGCAGUUCGUCGUCUUCAAAGCACGGAGCGCAGGUUAGCGAAGGAUGCAGAGCUCCGUGGCCAAUACCGCUCUUUCAUGGAGGAGUAUCUUCAACUCGGCCACAUGACCAAGGUCGAGAUAGCUCAAAUUCAACCGAAACGCUGCUAUCUACCACACCACCCGGUAGUUAAGCAAGCCAGCACUACAACCAAGGUUCGUGUUGUGUUCAAUGCUUCAAGCGAAACGUCGACUAGGGUGACGUUGAAUGAUGCACUGCUAGUGGGACCCAUCAUUCAAGACGAUCUACGAUCGAUCAUCAUGCGGAGUCGGACGAAACAGGUGAUGCGUUUAGCGGACGUCGAAAAAAUGUUUCGACAGGUCCUGUUUUGUAAGGAAGACAGACCCUUGCAAUCCAUUUUGUGGCGUUCAUCACCGGAAGAGGAAAUCAGCGCGUUUCAGCUGAAUACUGUCACGUACGGCACGAAACCAGCACCCUUUUUGGCUACAAGGGUUUUGAAGCAGCUCUCAGACGACGAGGAAGAAGGGUUUCCGCUCGCUGCCCAGGCAGUACGGGAGGACACGUACAUGGACGACGUGAUAACUGGCACAAACGAGGUGGAUGAAGCGGUAGAGUUGAGGAAGCAGCUACAAGGUUUAAUGGAGUCUGGAGGAUUCAAGCUCCGGAAGUGGGCGUCCAAUCAUCUGCAGGCGCUGCAUGGAGUUUCAGAUGUAGAUUUAGCAUUGCCGUCUACGGAGAUUUGUCUUGAUCCAGAUCCGUCGGUAAAAACGCUUGGCCUAACUUGGAUGCCGGGUACUGAUACUCUACGAUUCCAAUUCAACGUUCCGCCGUUAGAUGAAGCAGAAUCUCUGACCAAGCGCAAGGUUCUGUCUAUUAUCGCGACCCUUUUCGAUCCGCUAGGACUCAUCGGUGCUGCCAUAACGGCGUAUAAGGUGUUUAUGCAGAUGUUGUGGACUCUGAAGAACGAAGAUCAAGAACGCUUAGAUUGGGAUCAGCAGCUUCCCAAAACGGUGGGUGAGACGUGGCGAUUGUUUCAUCAACAACUUCCAAUAAUCAACCAGAUCAGGAUCAACCGAUGCGUCAUUAUCCCGGAGGCAACACGGAUAGAACUCCAUUGUUUUUCGGACGCCUCGGAGACGGCAUAUUGA